AGUCGCAUUCCGAAGCAAAAAAGAAGAAGAAAAUACUGCGAAGUAGUUUAGUCUCUGAGACAUGGGAAAGCUAGCAAUCCAGCUCCUCUUUUUGAUCACUUUCUUCCUCGUUCUUGUUUCGCAUAUCCUCCCGAUAACAUCUCAAGAACUUGAGGAUGAAACGGAGUUUGAUUACAAUCCAUAUAGUGAGAAGGGACCGGCUCAUUGGGGAAGGAUUCACCCUGAAUGGGUUGCAUGUAGCAAUGGAUCUAUGCAGUCUCCAAUUGAUCUGUUGAACGAAAGAGUUGAUAUAGUCUCCUAUUUGGGGAGGCUCAAUAGAAGUUACAAGCCUGGCAAUGCCACUCUUAGGAAUAGGGGACAUGAUAUUAUGCUGAAAUGGGAAAGUGGUGCAGGAACUAUUGAAAUAAAUGGAACUGAAUAUGUACUCAAACAGUGUCACUGGCAUUCACCUUCUGAACAUACAAUCGAUGGCAAGAGGUUUGCUUUAGAGGCGCACAUGGUUCAUGAGAGCCUCGAUGGAAAGGUUGCUGUUGUUGGGAUUCUGUACAAGAUAGGAAGACCAGACUCUUUCCUGUCAUCUUUGACAAAACAAUUAGAAUCCGUUGCCGGCACAAAUGAACGAGAUACCGUGGUUGGCGUAGUCGAUCCAAGGAACAUUAAGAUAGGCAGCAGAAAGUACUAUAGAUACUUGGGCUCCCUCACGACUCCUCCUUGCACUGAAAAUGUUGUGUGGACCAUUGUGAAAAAGGUGAGGACUGCCACAAGAGAACAAGUCAGGUUGCUUCGUGUAGCUGUUCAUGAUGACUCGGACACAAAUGCAAGACCUCUACAACCACUAAAUAAUCGAUCGGUGAAACUUUUUGUACCAGAAGACAAAGAUGAUUGAAUAAACUAUUUGUCCAGGCAUUACUGAUUACUGGAUAGAAUAUAUAUAGAAUAAAUGAAAGAGUUUGGAUGAGCAGCAGAGAGUUUUUCGCACUAGGAUAAUAUAACCUUACAUGUAAUUAUUGAUCAGUCGCAUAUGGUUUAGCUAUUCUUAAGUUCCUAUUUCUUAUUAUUUCCUCAUUCAUUUAUUGCCAAUAAUUAUAUAUUAUACAUGAAAUUUACUUAUUUAUCUUCAUAAA